AUGAGUGCCAGUCCUGAACCAGUGCCGCAAGGCGGAGACUCGGCGCAAUCCCCAGAGCAAGCGCCAGAUAUUAUCGAAGCUGGUGGCGAUGAUGUGAGCGACGAUGCGUUCCAGCCUACCGAGUGGGAUGCUUCCUCAUCGGGCUCGACUUCCAUUACCUCGUCUGUCUUGAGACAUUCCUAUGAAAAUGGCAGACGGUUGAAUGAUCAAAGCUAUCACUCAUUCCGGGAUGGGAGAUAUCCCAUUCCAAACGAUGAUAUUGAACAAAACCGCGAGGAAAUGAAGCAUGCGAUGGUUAUGGAGCUCACUGAUGGCAAGCUGUUCCAUGCCCCUAUUGGCGACUCGCCCAGCAAGAUUAUUGAUCUCGGCACGGGCACCGGCAUAUGGGCAAUGGAAGUUGGGGACAACUACCCUUCCGCCGAGGUUACUGGUGUAGACUUAUCGCCGAUUCAGCCAAGCUGGGUUCCUUCCAACGUUCGCUUCUUCGUUGAUGAUGUUGAAGAUGACUGGUUGUCCGGAAACAAUUUCGAUCUUAUACAUAUGCGAAACUUGGCAUCUCUUGUGCAUGAUCUCCCAAAGCUCUUGGAGCGAGUCUUCGAAAACCUUAAGCCUGGAUCAUACGUCGAAACCCAAGACUUCAGCGCCAAUGUGAAGUGCGAUGACGGAACCAUGCCCGAAGACUGGCCCCUUCUGGAAUUCUGGUCCAAGAUCCGCGACGCCAUGCACAAAAUGAAGAUUGACAUCCAAGUCGCUCCGCGCAUCGGUGCGCUUAUGAAAGACGCCGGCUUCGUCAAUGUUCAAGUGAGAUCAUACAAGGUGCCCGUCGGACGAUGGCCUCUCGACAAAACCAAGCGUCUGGUUGGACAUUACAUGCGCUCUGUGACGGAGGAUUUCCUGGGCGCUGCUGCGAGCAAACCUUUGGCGGCUCUGGGAAUGGAGCGAACGGAGAUCGAGGUAUUUCUCGCGUCAGUUCGGAAUGCGAUCAAGGAUCCGAAUGUGCAUGCGUAUGGCACGUAUUAUUCGUGGGUUGGACAGAAGCCAGUAGACACGGGUCCUGAGUGA